AUGGUAACGGUGACAAUAAUGGUCACGAUGAUGGUAAUCGUGACAGUGACGGUAAUAGUAACGGUGACAAUAAUGGUCACGAUGAUAGCAAUCAUGACGGUGAUGGUAACAAUAACUAUCGGUAACGGUGACAAUGAUGGUGGCGGUGACGGUGACGAUGAUGGUAACGGUGGCAGUGACGGUGAUGGUGUCAAUUACAGUGACGGUGAUGGUGUCAAUUACAGUGACGGUGAUGGUGUCAAUUACUGUGACAGUAAUGGUGAUAGUAACGGUUACGAUAACUGUAACAAUAUUGUAAACUGUAACAAUGACGGUGAUAGUAACAGUAACGGUAAUAGUGAAAGUAACAGUUACGAUAAUGGUAAUGGUAACCGUAAUGGUGAAGGUGACAGUAACAGUAUCAGUAACGGUGACGGUAACGAUGAUGGUAACGAUAACGGUAACGAGGACGGUAAUGGUGACAGCAGUGGUUACGAUAACGGUAACAAUUACGAUAUUAGUGACAGUAACAAUGACGAUAACAAUGAUGCUAGUGAUGGUAACAGUGAUGGUGACGAUGACCGUAAUGAUAACAGUAAGGUUGACGGUGACGGUGACAGAAACGAUAUCGCGGACGGAAUGAUUAACGGUGAUGGUAACAAUGACAGUAAUGGUUAUGAUAACGGUUAUGGUAACGAUGACAGUAACGGUAAUGGUGAUGGUGAUGGUAACGGUAACGCUAAGAGUAACGAUGAAGGUGACAGUAACAACAUCGGUAACGAUGACGGUAACGGUAAUGGUAACGGUGACAGUGACGGUGACGACAACGGUAACAAUGAUGGUAACCAUAACGGUAACGAAUAA